GAAGUAUACCCAAGAAUGCGGAGCGCUCGGUACACCUGUCCCUAUAGCCACCAUGGUAACACCCCAGAAGAGAAGAAAACAACGACGAAGAAGCAUGUUUGACGUGGCGGGCUCUGCCUUCGGUACUGGAGGACGCCAGGGACGCAUCACGAGGCCAUCACUGCUCAUCGUGCUGUGGCUGUUCAUCUCAGCUGUCGAAGCCCAGGUCAGCAUCAAGCGUCCGAUUCACCAUACGGCGAUGAGUUCCUGCCCGGAGAAGAUCCAGCUGUGGCACUGCAUGCGGCUCACUUGGGCAGCUCCUCCGUGCCACAGCAACUUCGACUGCGCCAUGCCCUUUCCCUGCUGCACCACCUGGUGCCGCAACUUCUGCGCCAACGACUUCCGCUCCUAGGCGGGGAACUCUCGAAGCAUG